AUGGACGCCGAUGGAGAAACCAUGGAGGAGACAGCGGUGUGGAUGAGGACUAGAGAGAGAAGCAGAGGAGAACCGAAAAGAAGCUUUAUUAGCGUCAACACAUUCUCGUCAACUUCAUUGUACAAAGUUAUUAAAAGAGCACUAAGCGUAGAAGGAAAGAAAGAGACUCACAAGAUCAAUGAUGGAUGA